AAGAAGACAAGUCCGUGACGUACAAUUUCUGCGCCUGGACGUAAACACGUGUUGUUUUAAUUUUGCUUGGCAAGAAAACAAUUCUGUGCUAAAAAUGGGGAAGAAACUUAAAGUUGGAAAAACUAGAAAAGAUAAAUUUUACCAUUUGGCAAAAGAAACAGGUUAUCGUUCACGUUCGUCAUUUAAACUCAUUCAGCUGAACCGUAAGUUCCAGUUUCUACAGAAAGCGAGAGCUCUGGUCGACCUGUGCGCUGCUCCAGGAGGAUGGUUACAGGUUGCAUCCAAGUUUAUGCCAGUUUCAAGUCUUAUCAUUGGUGUUGACCUGGUUCCUAUCAGACCCAUCCCAAAUGUAGUGACGCUGCAGGAGGACAUCACCACUGAGAAGUGCAAACAGGCUCUUCGAAAGGAGCUUCAAACGUGGAAAGUGGACGUUGUGUUAAAUGAUGGAGCCCCAAAUGUGGGCGCCAACUGGCAACAUGAUGCCUUCUCCCAAGCUCAUCUGACUCUCAUGGCCUUGAAGUUGGCCUGUGAGUUUCUGAACAAAGGGGGCACUUUUGUCACCAAGGUGUUCCGGUCUAAAGACUAUCAACCCCUCCUCUGGAUCUUCCAACAGUUCUUCAAGAAGGUGCAGUCCACUAAGCCACAGGCAUCGAGAAACGAGUCCGCCGAGAUCUUUGUCGUCUGUCAGGGAUUUCUAGCUCCAGACAAAAUAGAUAGUAAGUUCUUUGACCCCAAACACGCCUUUAAAGAGGUUGAGGUGCAGGCCAAAACUGUGAGGGAUCUCAUUACAGUCAAGAAACCAAAGGCGGAGGGAUACACAGAUGGGGAUUUGACGCUUUACCACAGUUUCACGGUGACGUCUUUCCUAAAAGCGGAAAAUCCAGUGGACUUUUUGGGAAAAGCUAGCGCGAUCACAUUUGACAAUCCAAACCUGGAGUCCCAUCCCUCCACCAGCAGUGAAAUCAAAGAAUGUUGUCGGGACAUCAAAGUUUUGGGUCGCAAAGAACUCCGCCUCCUGCUGAACUGGAGGACCAAACUGAGGAGAUACUUGGCAAAGAAGCUGAAGGAGGAGGCCAAGCAGCUCGACCAGGAGAUCAGUUUAACAUCUGAUGAAGAUGACAAUUCUGAAGAUGAACCAGAAGAAAAGAAAGAAGAUAAAGUGGAGGAAGGGGACGACGAGGAUGAAGAGGAGAAGGAAAUGCAGAAGAAAUUGGCAGAACUCAAAGCCGAAGAAGUGGCUGAGCUGAGACGGAAGAAGAAGAAGCUGCUGAAAGAGAGGAGGAAGCAGAGGGAGAGAGUGGAGCUGAAGAUGGACCUGCCAGGCGUGUCCAUCGCCAACACAGACGACACGUCUUUGUUCUCCCUGUCCUCCAUCAAAAAGAAAAAAGUGCUGUCUGACAUCACAAAGGGGGACAUGCAGGCGGCCGACAGUCUAGCAGAAGGAGAAGAUGACCUUCACUUCUCGGAUGAGGAGGAAGAUGACGAAGAUGAAAUGUCUCUAGCAUCCGAUUUAGAUGAAGAGGACUUGGAAGAGGUGGAACAGAGAGAGAAAGAACUGGAAAAGAAAAAACCAAAGAAGAAAGUGAAGUUCACAGAGGAGGCAGAAGAUGAGGAACAGGAUGAGGGUUUGCUGGUGGAACUAGAAGAAAAGGAUGAGAAGAAAGAACGAGAGACCAACUUAUGGUUCAGCAAGGGUAUUUUCUCUGAAAUCGAUCUGGAAGGAGAUGCAGAAGGGGAGCUCAUGCAGACUGAGUGGCUUCAAAAAAGACCUAAAGGUAAAGGUCAGAAAAGGAAAGCUGAACAGGUGGAAAAGGAUGUAGAGGAGGAGAAUAAAGAGGAAGCUCCUCCUCCAGAUGAGGAAAAGCCGGGACCUUCACGUGAAGCUGAGCAGGAAAGUGACAGUGACUCUGACGACAGCAGUGACGAUGAGAAGGAGAUUUCCAAAAUGAAGAAAGCCAAAGGUGGUGGAGGGACGUCAGAAGAUCCGGAUGGAGACGACUUCCAGGUCGUCCCCGUCGAAAGUACCAGUAAGAAAGCGAGGAUCCUGGAUGCAGAAGGCCUGGCUUUGGGUUGUCAGAUCGCCACAUCCAAGAAAAAAACAAGAGAUUUGGUGGACAAUUCAUUCCACAGGUAUGCCCACUCCGAGGACCCAUGGGAAGUCCCCGAGUGGUUCCUGGAUGAUGAGCGUAAACACAGGCAGAGGCCGGUGGAGGUCACCAAGGAGAUGGUGGAGGAGUACAAACAGAAAUGGAAAGAAAUCAACGCCCGGCCCAUCAAACGGGUCGCUGAAGCCAAGGCUCGGAAGAAGAGGAGGACGUUAAAGAAGAUGGAGCAGGCCAAGAAGAAAGCAGAGGCCGUCGUCAACACUGUGGACAUCUCUGAACGCGAGAAGAUGGCUCAGCUGAAGAGUAUCUACAAGAAAGCUGGCUUGGGGAAGGAAAAGAGAGAAGUGACAUACGUUGUAACCAAAAAAGGAGCAGGCAAGAAGGUGAGAAGACCUCCUGGAGUCAAGGGAGUCUUCAAGGUCGUGGACGGUCGCAUGAAGAAGGACAUGCGAGGAAUGCAGAGAAAAGAACAACACGCUAAAGGAGGCAAAGGGAAAGGAAAAGGAAGACAUUCCAAAGGAGGGGUGAAGGGCGGUAAAGGGAGGAAAGGAAAAUGAACCCUUCAUGUUUUACAGUGAGGCCUUUCUGGUUCUGUGGGUUUCCGAUUUAAAAUUCUCCUACUAUUUGGAAAAAAUGAACUGAUCUAUAUUUUGUCAGCUUGAUAUUUGUUCAGCUUCCAGAACUUGGUUCAUUUUCUUCAUGCAUCUUUUAAAGAUGGAGUUUGUUUCCUUCCUAGGAAAUGCUUUCACUCAUCAGAUCUACAAUUUUUGUUGCAAGACAUGUUUUUUUUCUCCACUUUAAUUUUGUAAAUAACAAAUACUCAUUUGCAAUAAAUAUUUUACUGUUAAAUUAA